ACAGCUUAGCACGCUUUAGUUGUUGAAAUUUUUUGAUCUCCCUUUUCUAUGUAGUGUUGGUUCAUGGUUGGAUUUUUUUCAUUCCUGAUAUUUUUAGUCUAGUCUGGUUUGUCUUCAUAUUUAUUCUGUGUCAUGUUGCAGUCAUUGUUCUUGGUGAUUUCUAUCUGAGUUGUCAUAUUUAAUUAGUUGUUACUCUGUUGUUUGUAGUAUAUAUAAUAUAACUAGCUUGUCCAUUCUUGAAUAAAUAUCUAUAACAUUCAUCGCUGUCAUAUUGAAUUCUCUCUGAUUGAAACCUUUCCUGGAAUGGAGUACCCUUUAGCAAUCAAAGUGUGGAAGACUAUUUAUGUUUUGAUUUUCUUAAAAUGGAUUUUUUUUUAUCCCUCUUAGGAUGGGGAAAUUGAGUUUAUAUAUUAUGGAAAGAUUCGAAUCUGCAAGAGGACUUGACCUUUGAUACCAGCUAUAUGAGUAAUAGUAGAGCGACAUAUGGUGUGGAAAUUGUUAAUUAACUGUUCUGUUCAUUAGCUGCUCUUGCUGUACAAAUUUAUAAGCAACAAUCAACAAUAAAGUCCAAAAAUUGUUAAUUUUCCUUUUCUUGCUGACUAAAAUUGUUUCAUUUUUUAUAUUCUAAUUACAAAACCAAGCAAGAGUGCAAGUACAUACAGUUGUAGUAGAUGCUUUUUCUGUUUCACAUUUUUCUCAUACAAGUACAUGAAUUUACAUGAUCCUAACUUGUGUUACUCAACCAGAGUUCAAGGUAAGCGCCAAUCAUGUUUAGUUGUCAAUUAAGGCCAACUUGUGCUUUGUGCAUGUAUUUAGUUCACUACAAGGGAUGGACCCUUUAACGUCUUUAUUUGGAUUUUAGUGAAUUGCAUUUUUAGACCAAUCAUUAAUGGGAAGAAUCCUUUUAUUGAAUGAAUAAAUGAUAGGAACAAUCAAUAACACUUCCUUUUUUAUUUUUCGAUUUUAUUUUUUUUCAAUGGUUAUUAAAAAAAAUCUUGUUAUAUAAUUAUGCUUUUGAUAACAGUAGUCCUAAGGCUGUCUCCUUCACUUUUCCUCUCUCUGCUCCCUAUUCUUGAUUCUGCUUGCUUCAUGUGUUUCAUAGAGCUCUGCAGUUGAUGGACUGUUACCCCAAGAGCAGUGACAAGAAAACAUUAAAGAGGUGGUUUUUUAUUGAUAAGAGAGUUGGGUGAAGCGGAAAUCUGAUAGAUACUUGUUUGAUUGGUGCUCAAUACUUUUUAAAGUUCUUACAUUGUUGCUGGACUGUAAGCUGGUUUACAAACCUGGAUCCCAUGGACUUGAAGUCGAAUCAUACUCCUGUUCUCACUGAUAGUGCACCUGUUACAAAGUCUAGACUGGGUGUGCAUUCCAGUUUGUUGCCUUACUCUCAUACUGGGGCAACCUUUACACAUGGAAUGUUAUUGACUAUCCCGAGGAAGAAGACAGGAAUUCUUGAAGAUGUUCGUUGUAGUGGUUGGUUGGAUGCCAUGAAAUCAUCUUCACCUCCUCCCAGGAAGAUAGCAAAGGAUGUUAGCCAUGGGUUUGCAUCUUCCGAUGCUGAUACUGCUGGUUCUUAUUUUAGCUGGCUGCUUAAAUACCCAUCAGCUCUUACAUCUUUUGAUCAAAUCACAAACUAUGCAAAAGGGAAAAGAAUUGCGUUGUUUAUGGAUUAUGAUGGCACUCUUUCACCGAUUGUAGAUAAUCCUGACUGCGCUUUCAUGUCUGACAAUAUGCGCACCGCCGUUAAAAAGGUGGCAGAAUAUUUUCCAACAGCAAUAAUUAGUGGAAGAAGUCGUGACAAGGUAUAUCAAUUUGUAGGACUAACUGAACUCUAUUACGCUGGUAGUCAUGGUAUGGACAUUAUUGGCCCUGUUAGACAAUCUGUAUCUGAUAAUCACCCAAAUUGCAUUAGGUCUACAGACAAGCAGGGUACGGAAGUAAAUUUAUUCCAACCUGCUGCUGAAUUUCUGCCCAUGAUUAAUGAGGUAUUGAAGUCUCUUCAAGAGUGUACGAAAGACAUUAAAGGAGCUAAAGUUGAGAACAAUAAAUUUUGUGUAUCUGUUCACUACCGGAAUGUAGAAGAAAAGAGUUGGGAUUUGGUGGGGCAACGUGUUCAUGAUGUUCUUAAAGACUAUCCGCGUUUGCGCUUAACUCACGGGCGGAAGGUUUUAGAGGUCCGACCUGUGAUUAACUGGGAUAAGGGAAAAGCUGUCACCUUUUUACUUGAGUCACUUGGGCUAAACAAUUGUGAUGAUGUGCUUCCUAUAUAUAUUGGAGAUGAUCGGACAGACGAAGAUGCAUUUAAGGUUUUGAGAGAGGGAAAUAGAGGUUAUGGGAUCUUGGUGUCUUCAGCACCAAAAGAAAGCAACGCAGUUUACUCUCUUCGUGAUCCAUCCGAGGUGAUGGAAUUUCUCAAGUCACUUGUGUUAUGGAAGUCAAGCACAUUAAAAAGCCUUAUAUAGUGUAUAGAGGAGAAUAACUCUGCUAUACUAUACUAUACUACAUGAUAAAAAAAAACAAAACAGCUUUUUGAAUUUCGGAAACAUUCCAAGAGGUUUCCUGGAUCAGAUUUGAGCACAGAAGACCUCUUAUGGAAACAAAGCGCUGUCCUCCUGUGGUAGCUGUAAAUUCGUGCCUCAUAAUUAUAUAUAUCUUAAAGAAAAAUGUGUUAAGAGUUUUUUUUUUUUCCCUCGUUCAAAAAGUGUAUUGAUAUUUAAUCAUUGCUGCUAUUUCAGUUUUGAUCACUAUAUUUAACCACUAAAAAGGGGAAUUACAGAAGCGAAAUUAUUCAUUUGUUAAUUCUUUUUGCUUUGUAGUUUGACUGUUUGAAUAAUAUAUAAAAGUGGCAGCUUUUGAUGA